UAUGAAGUUAAACGUAAACGUGUGUCCUUGAAUGUUCUGGAUCUUUUUGGGCCUGUUUGCGUCCUCCUCCACAGGAAAAUGGCAGCGAGGUCCUCUUGCCUGCGCAUCGGAAUUGUAGGAUUUGGACAUCUAGGGCAGUUCUUAGUGGAGAGAAUCACUAAAGACGGAGCCAGUGUAGGAUUAGCGCUGGCUUUUGUUUGGAACCGAAAUCCUGAGAAACUGAAAGGUUUAGUCGCGGAUGACCUCGCACUGGGGAACCUGUCAUCCUUCGGCGACAGGCAAUGCGAUGUCAUUGUGGAAGUGUGCCAUCCUCAGGUGGUGAAAGAAUUUGGGGUCCACUUCCUGUCUCACUCACAUUUGAUGGUUGGCUCCCCCUCGGCCCUCGCCGAUCCCGACCUGAAUGACAAGCUUCGACGGGCGGCGCAGCUGAAUGGGAGAACGCUCUACGUCCCCAGCGGCGCAAUGUGGGGCGGUCAGGACAUCCAGAGGUUGAACGACAGCGGGGCCUUGCAGGCUUUAUUCAUAAGGAUGUCCAAGCAUCCAUCCUGCUUCCGGCUCACAGGAGACGUCCUCUCUGAGUGGACGGAGGGGGAAGGGAGGCGGGUUUUAUUUCGGGGCUCGGUGGCGGAGCUGUGUCCCCUCGCCCCCAACAACGUCAACACGAUGGCGGCGGCGGCAGUGGCUGCAGGGAAGCUCGGUUUUAACGGCGUCCAGGGAGAGAUCGUGUCGGACACGGCGUUGAGUGACUAUCACGUGGUGGAGGUGCACGUGACAGGGCCCGGCGGUUUCUCAGUGCACACAGUGAGAAGGAAUCCGGCCCGUCUCGGCGCAGUAACCGGUAGUGCAACAUACAACUCAUUUUGGAAUAGCUUACUUGUUUGCAAAGGCCACGGGGGUCGGGUUUAUUUGUGCUGAAACAUUGAAUGCCCGAUGAAGAACAAAUAGAGGUCAACCAUGGCUAUCCCAUGUGGCUUUCACGUAAACAGCCUUGUGCUCCAAUAAAAAACACAUUCAAGCAAAGAAGAGCAGUUAUCCUUUGUGAAACUGACAGAUACUAUAUAUUUACUCUUUAUUAUGUUCAUAUGAUGCAAGAUUGGAAGAAAUGAUUACAACUCUCACAUGGAGUAUACAUACUGUACAUCUUGCAAAAUGUUUUUCCUUCAAGCAUGUUCCGGCUCUUAUUCUAGGCUCAUCUCGCUUGUGCAAACACGGAUGCAAUCUCUAAAAUGCACUCUCCCCCCCAUACACCCACCCACCCCAGUCAAUAAUAAAUACUUGUCAGUGCAAAGGCAAAAAAAAAAAGCGGGAGUGUGAGGUCAUUCACA